CCCUCCCUCUCCCCGGCAGCCGCUGAGCCGGUCCCUCCGACCCGGCAGCCUCAUGCUGGGGGCCGCUGCCGGCCGGGGCUGACCGAGCCCGCCCUGUCCCUGCUGCCCUGCCCGGCCACCCCCCACCCCGGUACGGCCACCCCUCGCCACCGGGCUCCUCCCGGCCACCCCUCGCCUCCCCGACGGGAAAAAAGUUGUGCGGAGCGCCGAGGAUGGGAGCGCAUCUGCAGCCUCUAGCCCUGCGGCUCCUGGCGUUGACUUUCCCCUUGGUGGCCAAGGGUUUUUCUGACGAAACCUUGGAGAAAGCCGCGAAAUCCGAGGGAUAUUGCAGUCGGAUCCUGCGAGCCCAAGGCACCCGGAGGGAAGGGUAUAAUGAAUUUAGCCUCAGGGUGGAGGGCGAUCCAGAAUUUUACAAGCCUGGAAACAGUUACCGGGUGACACUUUCUGCUGCCACUCCUGCGUACUUUCGAGGAUUCACAUUGAUUGCUCUCAAGGAAGGAAAAGAAGGUGACAAAGAAGAAGACCAUGCAGGAACUUUUCAGAUCAUAGAUGAAGAGGAAACACAGUUCAUGAGUAAUUGUCCUGUUGCUGUGACUGAGAGCACACCUAGAAGGAGGACACGCAUUCAGGUGUUUUGGACGGCUCCUCCUACGGGUACAGGCUGUGUAAUCCUGAAAGCCAGUAUUGUGCAGAAGCGCAUAAUUUAUUUUCAAGAUGAGGGUUCUCUCACCAAAAAAAUUUGUGAACAAGAUUCAGCCUCAGAAGGUGUGACCGACAAACCCAUUUUAGAUUGUUGUGCCUGUGGAACUGCCAAAUACAGGCUAACUUUUUAUGGAAACUGGUCAGAAAAAACACAUCCCAAAGAUUUUCCACGACGCACCAACCACUGGUCCGCCAUCAUUGGAAGUUCUCACUCAAAGAACUACAUCCUUUGGGAGUAUGGAGGAUAUGCUAGUGAAGGCGUCAAACAAGUCGCAGAGUUGGGGUCCCCAGUAAAGAUGGAAGAAGAAAUUCGACAGCAGAGCGAUGAGGUGUUAACUGUCAUCAAGGCAAAAGCGCAGUGGCCUGCCUGGCAACCUCUGAACGUGAGAGCUGCUCCCUCUGCUGAGUUUUCUGUGGACCGUCACCGCCACCUGAUGUCCUUCCUCACCAUGCUGGGCCCCAGCCCGGACUGGAACGUGGGCCUGUCUGCCGAGGACCUCUGUACCAAGGAUUGUGGCUGGGUUCAGAAAGUCGUUCAGGAUUUAAUACCCUGGGAUGCUGGCACAGACAGCGGCGUGACCUAUGAGUCUCCUAACAAACCUACAGUGCCUCAAGAGAAGAUCAGGCCACUGACAAGCUUAGAUCAUCCUCAAAGUCCAUUUUAUGAUCCAGAAGGAGGAUCUAUCAAGCUGGUAGCCAGAGUUGUCAUUGAGAGAAUUGCACGCAAGGGGGAGCAAUGCAAUAUCGUACCCGAUAACAUAGAUGAUAUUGUGGCAGAUCUAGCACCAGAGGAAAAAGAAGAAGAUGAUACCCCUGAGACAUGUAUAUAUUCCAACUGGUCCCCGUGGUCAGCCUGCAGCUCUUCCACCUGUGAAAAGGGCAAGAGGAUGAGGCAGAGAAUGCUUAAAGCUCAGCUGGACCUCAGUGUGCCCUGCCCAGAUACCCAAGAUUUUCAGCCAUGUAUGGGUCCAGGCUGCAGUGAUGAAGAUGGUUCCACUUGCAUGAUGUCUGACUGGAUUACAUGGUCCCCCUGUAGUGUUUCCUGUGGAAUGGGAACGCGCUCUAGAGAGAGAUAUGUAAAACAAUUCCCUGAAGAUGGCUCUAUGUGCAAAGUGCCUACUGAAGAGACCGAAAAAUGUAUUGUAAAUGAGGAAUGUUCCCCGAGCAGCUGCCUCGUCACGGAAUGGGGAGAGUGGGAUGAAUGCAGUGCCAGCUGUGGCACAGGGAUGAAGAGAAGGCACAGAAUGAUCAAGAUGACUCCUGCUGAUGGAUCUAUGUGCAAGGCCGAAACCACAGAGGCUGAGAAAUGCAUGAUGCCAGAAUGCCAUACCAUCCCCUGUCUACUCUCUCCUUGGUCUGAAUGGAGUGACUGCAGCGUAACCUGUGGGAAGGGCAUGCGAACCCGGCAAAGGAUGCUGAAAUCUGCUGCUGAGCUUGGGGACUGCAACGAGGAGCUGGAACAAGCAGAAAAAUGCAUGCUGCCUGAGUGCCCCAUUGACUGUGAACUAACAGAGUGGUCCCAGUGGUCCGAGUGCAAUACUUCAUGUGGAAAGGGCCAUAUGAUCAGGACAAGAAUGAUUAAAAUAGAACCACAGUUUGGAGGAACAGCAUGCCCAGAAACUGUCCAACGUACAAAAUGUCGAGUAAGGAAGUGCCUGAGAGGCCCAGGUAUGGAAAAGAGGCGCUGGAAAGAGGCCCGGGAGAAAAGGAGAAGUGAACAAGCAAAAAAAAAUAUAGAUAGUGAGCAAUAUCCAGUUUGUAGACUGAAACCAUGGACUGCUUGGACAGAAUGUUCUACACUUUGUGGAGGUGGAAUUCAGGAACGCUACAUGAUGGUAAAGAAGAGGUCCAAAAGCACUCAGUUUACUAGUUGCAGAGACAAAAAGGAGUUAAGAGCAUGUAAUGUUCAUCCUUGUUAAUGCAAGGCUUCAAAGUGAUGCACUCUGAGCUAAAUGGAAAGUCAACCUUGGUUUGGUUUU